CUGUAAUGUACUUCUCUUUGAGACUUUCGAAGUUUGAAGAUUUUCAUUCUCUAUCUUAGGCCUGACGAUAUUCAAGGUUAAAAUAAUAGCGGCCGUCUCCUUUCUCUCGCUACGUUAAUGGGCCGUUCGCGUAGCAGAUCACUGUCUAGUGGUCACAAGUCGAAACCUAGACGGUACAGAAGCCGUUCGCGCGAUAGAAUCAAAGAGCGCGACAGGUAUCGUGACAAAGAACGCGAUAGGAUACGCAUAAGAGGGAACGAAAGGUCGUAUCGAGACCGUCAUCGUCAUGACAGAAGACGGAGAAAAAGAAGUUCGACGGUGUCAAGCUACGAUAGUGAAGCAGAGAGACGAAAUCGAAAAUCAAAAAUGAAGGAAAUAGAUAGGAAAAUAGAAGAGGCCCGAAGGAAAGAAGAAGCUGAAAAGCGUGCUCUGGAGCAACGAGAAAGAGAACGACGGUUGCAGGAGGAACGUGAACGAGAGGCGGAAGCAGCCAGGCAGUUAGAAGCUCGGGUUACAGAGGCUUUUGAAGCUGCUUUAGUAGAUAGGGCUGAAGACCUCCAGGCUGAAUUGGAAAGAAGAUAUCAAGCGGAAAUUGACCGGAGAGUUAAAAAUAAACUAGAUGAGAUCGAACGUGAAUACCAAAGCAAGCUGGAAGAGCAGAGACGUAUGGAGGAGGAGGAAAAACGUAAACAAGCAGAAUUGGACAAAAUACUUGAAGAGAAUAAUCGCAAACUCAUGGAAGCUAGGCGUAGAGAGGAUGCAUAGUGGGUACGUCUUAUCACGACGUAACACAGAAAUCAUAAGUUACAUAAGGCGUAGAGUGAAGUAACAUUUUUAUUUAAAAAGUAAAUUUAACGUGCGAAAAUAUUUCGAGUAUAAGUUUAUAUGCAUAAUCAAACCAUAUUUCUUUUAAAUCGAGAAAAUUUAUUUACCCAAAUACCACCAAUCAAUAUAGGUAUAUUUAAAAUAUUUGCAUCACCAUGGUAAAUGUUAGUUGGGAAACCUAAUCUUCGGUAGUUUGUUCAGAGAAAUCUCGUUGAACUAAUCUUUGAUUGAUAUCGAUGUUUAACGGAAUCCGGGAUGUGACCCUUACGGCUUCAUAAAGUUAAGUUCCUCUAGUGUAAUCAUUAACUUGAAAGUAUACAGAAAUGACUUCGUAGGAAUCAAAAUGGGUCGUGAAAAUGUGACUUUCUUAGUUGUAUUUAAAUAAGCUGACAAACUAAGAGGAACAAAAUGCUGUAUACAGAGUUUUGUAUACAUUCAAAAACCUAAUUCCUUAUCGUUUAUGUGUAUCAUUCUUCUACGCUUGUAUCUAUGGUAAUUUAUCUGCUAUAGAUUCUUUUUGUAUUAGUAAAAGUCUUUGGUUAAGGUUUAGGUAUCAAUACCAAGGUUGGGCUUCAUAGUUUCGAAUAAAUUGAGCAUUGUGUAGAGUUAAUAAUAAAUACAUUUUUUGUUACAUCCUAGUAAGUAGAAAAUUUUUCAAGGUAGUAAAAACUUACUUAUGUGGGUAAAACUUCAGAUAAAUAAACACGGUAAAUAGUAGUUUUCCCGAGAAGACUGUUAAAUGUAUUACAUAUGAACCACUACCCGGUUAUCCUCUAUCUUAUGGUGAAGAAUAUAUGUAUCCAACUAUUAUAUAUUGCUGCAUCUUUGAUAACUGCAUAGGGUUUCAUACUGUUGAAAAUCGAACGAACUGAGUCGUUAUAAGUUUCGGUUAAAGUUGAUUUCAAUGACUGUAUUUUAGUUUUCUGUCACACUUAACACAUCUAUGCACUAAAAUGAAACGAAUGUCUUUUAGGACCUUAUGUAACGUUUCCAUUGAUUGUUGUCUUCUCCCUUCAUGUUAUUAUCCAAUGCGACGCUUCUCUUGCUGCUCACAUUACGUUAACUUGAGAUUUUAUAAAUAUGUAAUAGUAUCCCACUUUAAUUGUUUACAGCUGUGAACAGUCUCAAAAUUCUUUGGGACAAUGAAAAAGUACUUGAAUUUCUCCUCCAUAAGUUAGUCGAACUUUGAAACUUGCACUAUGGUUCUUCUUCAUUAUAAAUCAACCAAGAGACCCAUUUUUAAUUUCAUUGGAGUACUUUCGGAAGAUAUAAUUGUUGAAAAUGAAGGGGUGUAGUCGUGUAAAGAAAAAGGACUACCGUCUUUGCUACACUUCUUAGAUUAGUUCAUGUCAAUCUCGAUUCAGGAUUACAAGAAAUCAAACAUAAGGGAUUUAAGCAGUUAAUGUAGAUAAAUACUAACUUUUUCUCGGUUACUUUCAUUGUACUUUUGAUAUUCUGUGGUUUAACCAUAUCAAUCAUUUUUAUAUUUUAUGGAACAAGCUUAAUAUUUGUUUUCUCUGGUCAUGGGUUAUGGCGUAUUGAUUUCAUCUUGCAUAUUCCUGUCUAGUAGACCCCAAAUGCCCUGGUACGGUCGAGAGUGGGGAGAGUCGGCUCUCCCUCUCGAAAUGCUCUCA